GAUUUGCCCCCAUGUCCGAAAGGCUGGCUGCCCGGUUCGCCGCAUGCCGCGAAUCAGGCCGCACAGCAUUUGUAGCUUUUGUGACGGCGGGCUAUCCGACCAAGGCGGAUACCGUGCCCGCCAUGCUGGAGAUGGAGAAGGAGGGCGCCGACGUGAUCGAGCUGGGCGUGCCGUUCUCCGACCCGAUGGCCGACGGAAGUGCAAUCGAAGCUGCUAGCGUCGUGGCCAUCAAGAACGGGACGAUCUACUCCGACUGCAUCAAGUACGCAAAGGAAGCCCGCGACAAGGGCCUGACGGUGCCACUGCUCCUCAUGGGUUACUACAACACAUUCCUUGCCGCCGGCAUCGAGGACACGUGCAAGGAGUGCGCGGCUGCUGGUAUUGACGGGUUUAUAAUUGUCGACCUUCCGUGCGAGGAGGCUUGGCGUGCAAUGGCACCCGCCGCCGCCGCCAACAAGCUGAGCCUCGUCCCACUUGCGUCCCCUACGAGCGGCGCGGAGCGCAUCGCGCAGGUGGCCGAGUGCGCCCUCACGCCGUCGCCGGGCAUGGUCUACGUGGUGUCGCUGCUGGGCACCACGGGCGCCCGCGACAGCGAGGCAGCGGACUCCAAGGCCAAGCGCUUGGCGGAGUGCAAGGGGGUCGUGGACUCUGUUCAUGCAGCGGCUGAGAAGCUUGGCUGCCCUCGCGGAAAGCUGCCGGUCGUAGUGGGUUUCGGUAUCACCAAGCGGGAGCACGUCCAGGAGUUCGGUGCUUUCGCUGAUGGCUGCGUGGUGGGCUCCAAGAUUGUAACGGAGAUCGCCAAGUCGGGUGUUGCAGGAGUCGGGAAGGUCGUCCGGGAGCUGAGCGGGGGGCCCCUGAAGAGCACCGUCGCGGCGAAGCCGGUGGAGCCGGCGGCGAAGCGGCAGAAGACCACUGAGGAGGCGGAGCGGAUGAAGAAGCACGCAGACAAGUGGAACUUUCAGAGCACGGUCUUCGGCGGUCGCUUCAUACCAGAG